GUAGCAGCUAGAAAUGACCAAGAUACCCUACAUUCGAGUGCGAGCACUGUAGAGCGUUGUUUCGAACCAAAAGCAGUGCGCGUCGCCGUCGCGUUUUCCGGUCGAUUUUCGCUACAUUUUCGCCCAUUUUCGCGUGUGACAACAAAAAACAGAAGCCAGAAAAUCAUUUCAGAAUAUUGGGAUUAUCUGAAAACAAAAAAUACUUAAAUUAAGUUCGUUCGUCUUCUUCUUGUUUUGCGGAAAACCCCUUCCGAAUAAAUUAAAAAAAACUCACAUGUGCUUAAAAAAAUAAAAAAAAUAUUUUAUGUGGUGAUAAAAAACAAAAACAAAAACAAUUAAACAACGCAAUGGAGCGUUGCAUCCACAACAACAACACGACCAGCUAGAGGAGCUGCGAAGGAGAAAGCUGUGUCUGUGUGUGUGUGUGUGGAGUGCAAACUACCGUUAUCAUCAUUGACAAAGAAAGGAGAAAGGAGAUACGAAGAGAAGGAGACAACCAAGUAAUAGCUAAAGUUUUUAGCGAAAAGACAACGUCAACUGCAGUUUUUUGGCCAAAAAACCUAAACGGAAGUUGCGAUAAUAAGCUAAACAGCAACAACAACAACAAGAAGAAAGAAGAAAGGAACAAAAAUCAAAAAUCAAAUAUCCUGAAAACAACAACAAAAUGAGGCGAAGAACAAGAGAGGUAGCGGCUGUCGCGCUAAAUAUUUGCCACUUUUUUCUGAUAGCUCUGACAGCCCUGAGCUCCUCCGUGAUCCUGGCCGACGAGUCGAUCGACACACGCGAGAAUGCCGACCUCACCCUGAAGUGUCGUUUUAAUGACAAGUAUGAUUCGAACGAUUUCUCCUUUUUCUGGACCCGUUCGAUUGCGAAUCCCGCCCAGUUCGAUAACGUGGCCAUCGGCGAUGUCCAGUUGAGUUCCGGCUAUAGACUUGACUUUCAUCCGGAGCGCGGUAUCUACGAUCUCCAGAUCAAGAAUGUCUCGUACAAUCGGGACAAUGGACGCUUCGAGUGCCGCAUCAAGGCCAAGGGAACCGGAGCAGAUGUCCAUCAGGAGUUCCACAAUCUCACAGUACUGACUCCACCCCAUCCACCCGUGAUCUCGCCCGGAAACAUUGCCGUGGCCACCGAAGACAAGCCUUUGGAGCUGACCUGCAGCAGUAUUGGCGGCUCCCCAGAUCCCACCAUAACUUGGUAUCGCGAUGGUUCCAAUUCCCCUCUGCCAGCCACUGUGUUGAGGGGCGGCACCAAGGAUCAGCCCACCAAUGCCACCUUGACGAUAACUCCCCGCCGGGAGGACGAUGGAGCCAAGUACAAGUGUGUGGUCAGAAAUCGGGCCAUGAACGAGGGAAAGCGUCUAGAAGCCACUGCCACUUUGAAUGUUAACUAUUAUCCCCGCGUUGAGGUCGGACCCGAGAAUCCUUUGCGGGUGGAACGUGACCGGACUGCCAAGCUGGAGUGUAACGUGGAUGCCAAGCCCAAGGUGCCGAAUGUCCGAUGGACGAGAAACGGUCGCUUCAUCAGCUCCUCGCUGGUCCACACCAUCCACCGAGUGUCGGUGCAGGAUGCCGGCAAGUAUACCUGCAGUGCGGACAAUGGCCUGGGCAAGACCGGGGAGCAGGAGCUCAUCCUGGACAUUCUCUACCCGCCGACGGUGGUCAUCGAGUCGAAGACCCGCGAGGCGGAGGAGGGCGAGACCGUCACUAUUCGAUGCAAUGUGACCGCCAAUCCCUCGCCCGUGACCAUUGAAUGGCUAAAGGAGGGCGCCCCGGACUUCCGCUACAGCGGCGAUGUGCUCACCCUGAAUUCCGUGAGGGCGGAACAUGCCGGAACGUACGUCUGCCGGGCCGUGAACUGGAUGCACAGCCAGGGCCAGGAGAGGAGCGAGCGUGUUGGUAACUCCACGGUGGCCCUGCUGGUGCGACAUCGUCCGGGUCAGGCUUACAUCACCCCCAACCGCCCUGUGGUGCAUGUGGGCAAUGGCGUUACCCUCACCUGCUCGGCCAACCCGCCGGGAUGGCCGGUGCCGCAGUACAGAUGGUUCCGCGACAUGGACGGCGAGUUCUCCAGCACCCAGAAGAUCCUGGCCCAGGGACCCCAGUACUCCAUCCCCAAGGCUCACUUGGGCAACGAGGGCAAAUACCACUGCCAUGCUGUGAAUGAACUGGGCAUCGGUAUGAUGGCCACCAUUGUCCUGGAGAUCCACCAGCCCCCCCAGUUCCUCGCCAAGUUGCAGCAGCACAUGACCCGCCGCGUGGGAGACACCGACUACACGGUGACCUGCAGCGCCAAAGGAAAGCCAGCGCCGAGCGUGAAGUGGCUGAAGGACGGCGUGGAGAUCCAGCCCGACCAGAACCUGUACGAAGUCCAGACCAAUCCCGACCAGGGCCUCAACGGCAUGGUCACCGUUCAGAGCCAGCUGAAGUUCCGCGGCAAGGCCCGUCCGAAUGGCAACGCCCUGGUGCCCGGCGAUCGUGGCUUGUACACCUGUCUCUACCAGAACGAAGUCAACUCGGCCAACUCCUCCAUGCAGCUGAGGAUCGAGCACGAGCCCAUUGUCCUCCAUCAGUACAACAAGGUGGCAUUCGACAUCCGGGAGACCGCCGAGGUGGUCUGCAAAGUUCAGGCCUACCCGAAGCCGGAGUUCCAGUGGCAGUUCGGCAACAAUCCAUCGCCCCUGACCAUGUCCUCGGACGGACACUACGAGAUCAGCACCACCACCGACAACAACGACAUCUACACCUCCGUCCUGAAGAUCAACUCGCUGACCCACUCUGACUACGGAGAGUACACCUGCCGAGUGGUUAACUCCCUGGACACAAUUCGGGCGCCCAUUCGGCUGCAGCAGAAGGGACCGCCGGAGAAGCCCACCAACCUCCGGGCCAUCGAUGUGGGCCACAACUACGUCACCCUCAGCUGGGACCCCGGAUUCGAUGGCGGCCUCAGCAAGACCAAGUUCUUCGUCAGCUACCGGCGGGUGGCCAUGCCCCGCGAGGAGCAACUGAUCCCGGACUGCGCCACUCUGGCCAACUCGAACUCCGACUGGGUGGAGGUGGACUGCCAGCGCGACAUUCCCUGCAAGGUCACCUCGCUGGAGCAGCACCAGAGCUACGCCUUCAAGGUCAAGGCGCUGAAUCCCAAGAGCGGAUCACCCUACUCCAAUGAGAUCUUGGUCACAACGAAGGUCAGCAGGAUUCCGCCACCGUUGCAGGUCACCUAUCAGCCGAGUACUCGCAUCCUGGGCAUCGAUGUGGGCGCCACCUGCCUGUCCCUGGUGGCCGUUGUGGAGUCCCUGGUGAAUGCCAACACUCCGAUGGCGUCCUGGGAAGUGGUGGCCACGCUCGACCAACUGCAGCUGUCCGGAAACGGACCCACCCACAAGGAUCAGGAAAUCGAUCGACUGAACGGACUGAACCGACAGACCGGAAGCCGUGCCCUGGGUCUGCCCAAUCCCGACGACGAGGACAACAGCCUGAACUCGCUGGCCCUGGAGGACGAGAACAAGCCCACCGUGCGGGUCAAGCUGUGCUUGAGGUCGAACAUGGAGCACUGCGGAGGCUACACCGAUGCCGAGGUUGGAGGUCCUUUCAUUGCGGAGAGCAGUGUGGCCACGCCCACUCUGAUUGCCAUCAUCGUGUCCUGCAUCGUGUUCGCCCUGUUCGCCGGCCUGAUCCUGAUGUUCUGCCGCUGCAAGAAGAACCAGUCGAAGAAGAGCGCCGCCGCCAAGGACUACGAAAUGGACUCGGUGCGCCCCUCCAUUGUGGCCGCCCAGCAGAACCAGGCCCCGCCCCCGUACUACCCCGCCUCCGGUCUGGACAACAAGGCCCUGGAGCACUCGAUGGAUCUCGCCCUCAGCAUGGAGGAGCAGAAGACGGCCCUGUAUGCCGCCCAGAACGGCUACAGCUAUCACCCGGGCAGCGGAGUGGUCGGCGUUGGUCUGGGAGGCGGUGGUGUGGGAGUGGGCGUGGGCGGUAGUGUGGUCAGCGGCAUGGGCGUGGGCGGAGGUGUCGGCGUGGGAGGAAUCGGCGGCAGUGGCGUCGGAGUCAAUGGCAUGCUGCCCCCGAUGCCAGGAAACGAAUGGGUGAAUAUGGGCUACAUGGAAAACAACUACUCGAACUCGAACAACGGCGGAAGUGUCAACUCGCAGGACUCCUUGUGGCAGGUGAAAAUGUCGGCGGCGGCCGUGGGUGCCCAGCAGAGUCUCGUCCAGGCGCCAAUGAACCAAUAUGUGGAACAGCAGCCCGCCUACGGUUAUGAUCCGCUGACCCACGGCGGCUAUGGGGCGGUCGAUGACUACGCCCCCUAUCCCCAUCUCACUGCCACGCCCAGCCAGGUGGGCGACGAAUACCACAAUUUGCGCAACAGCCAGAAUCCGUCCCGGCAGGACUACUGCAGCGAUCCCUAUGCAUCUGUGCAGAAGCCCAAGAAGCGAGUCGACCAGCAUUUAGAUUCACCAUAUCACGACGUAAGCGGCCUGCCCAAUCCCUACAACAUGGAGCACAUGGAACAGGACGAGGUCCUGCCGCCCCAGCAGCACAUGUCCUUGAGCUACGACGACAGCUUCGAGGGCGAAUAUUCGACAACGCCGAAUGCCAGGAACCGUCGCGUCAUACGCGAAAUUAUUGUCUAGGAAAUUCUAGUUCGAAAUGAGAAGUUAUCGGAUCAGCACACACCCAAUAUUCUACCACUCUCACACACUAAAUUCCAUUAUCAUUAUCAUCGAUUAUGAAUCACUUCAUCAUCUGUGUAAUCAUUCAUCGUUUCUGGAUCUAAUAUUUUGUUUUUUUUUAUUUACCUUGACUUCCUGCCACCUUCUCGACCGGAAGCGGCAGGAGGAGAUUUUUUAAAAAGUGGCCAUUUUGAAUACUUUUUUUUAAUAUAAAUAUUAAUUUGAUGUAGGCUUAGGUUUGAGGUUUAGACGACGAACGAACGUGUGUUGAGUUUUAUUGGCAACGAACGAGAUAUUCGCAUAGAUACCAUAUACCCUAGGCAUUAGAGUUCCGAUCUAUCAUCGCUCUAGUUCAGCACUUUGUUGACACAAACACAACUGACAAAAACUGAAUGAUAAAUAAACACAAGAUACACACGGAUAAAGCAUCACUGGACAAGCACUAAAUGUUACGAUUUACCAGGUACCAUAGGGCUAAAAACGUAGGUUAUAUUAAAAGGUCAUCUAGGUCCCAGUUGCAACAAACGAACUUUAAACUUUAAGGCAUCAAAUGUUGAAAGGAGCGGAAUUUCAAAAACAAAUCUCACACUUCACAUAGGCUAAGGUUGAUUAACUCUUAAGUGAUUCUUGCUGGUUCUGUGCGAUCUUCUCAAUAGGGCCCCGGGCUAUAUCUUACCCGAUAUAGCCAAUAUUUUUCGCAAUAACCGCCCUAGCACAGUCCAAAAAAAAAAAUAAAUAAAAUAUAAAAAAAAUAAUAAAAAAGAAAAAGAAAACAAACAUAAACAGUACGACCUGCCACAAAAAAAAUUAAGAAAACAAAACUUACCUUAACUUAAUUUUACAUUUUUAAAUAUAUCUGAAGAGAAAAAAAGAAAAUGUGGCUUUAAGUAAGUUAUACUAUGAUACAAAACUAAAACACAGACAACUUUAAAAAAUUAUUACAAAUAAUUAAAAAAUAGUACAGCGAAAAGCAAACAAAAACCAAUUCCUCCAAUCGAAAAACUUUAAUUUAAUUUACAAAAUUUUUUACCACCUAACGAUAAACGUUUGUUCUGUUUUCCAUUUGUUUGAUCGAGCUUUGUGUUGAAAAUUCAAAAUUUUAAUUGUAAUAAUCGAGUAAUUUGUAAUUAGUGUUAAGUCAUUCAGAAAACGAUUGAUUAAGUUAUGUUAACCCAUUGAUUUAAAUUAUAAAUGUUUUGUUUGUGCAUUGCGUUGGGUUUUUUAACCCUUUAUCAGCUCUGUGUUUUUUGCAACUUUUUGACAAUGGCACACACACACACACAUCCAGAAGAAGAGAAAAUGCGAAGCGGAACAUUUUUUAGCUAAGAUUUAAAUGUAAAUACAUGUGUAAUUUGUAUAUAUUUACUUGAAUUGCAAAGUAAAUAAGCAGCAGCGGCAACUUAAAUUAAAUUGUAGUUAAUUUUAAACAAUUUCAAAAUGAAUUUAAGUAGUAAGCAAGUGUUUAAGAGCAAAAUGCCACAAAAUAUAAAGAGCGGAACAGCUUGCAAAAAAAACAAAAUUAAAUUAAAAUAAAAGCAAAAAACGAAUUAAGAAAUCUUAAGAAUAGAAAAGAAAAUCUCGUUAAAUGAACAAAAUAAAACCAUAAUGAGCAAGUAAGAAAAAAAUACGAAAAUGAGAAUCUUUAUUAUAUAAAUUAUACAAUUUAAAUCAGAUAAGCGAAUAUACAUUAUAUAUAUAUAUAUAUAUAUAUAUACACGUACAUAUACAUCUACUUAUUAUUUGUAAAUAAGUAAAGCAUAAAUUUUCAUUUGAAAACCCCAAACCCCCCCCCAAAACGAAACGAAAUCCAUUAAAAAAAUAUAUUUCAAAACAAAACACAAAAAAGUGCAAAUCAAAGCAACAUUUUUUAUUUAGCAAAAAUAUUUAUAUAUAUUUUUUGCAAUUUGACUGACAGCAGUGGCAGUGGCACACAAAACACGAGCGAUAUAACAAAAAAAAAGAAAAUAUGAAAAAUGUUGAGCAAAACAGUAUGGGGAUACGAAGCAGCAGAGACAGAAUUUGAUGCCCUCGGGCGGUCUGUUCAAACAAUAAAACACUUUGUUAACUAUUUUGUAUGCAUUUCUGAUUUCAUUCAAUUCAACAAAUUGCCACCACACAACACGAAAUGAAAAAACAUUAGCUAAAAUAUUUAUGCAUAUACCAUCCAUACAACACACAGCCAAACACUCACUCAUUCGCCCACAAAAAACAAAAAAAAAACACCCAUUGACACUCAUGUGCGUUCACAAAAAACAAAA